CUAAAUAAUUAAUAAUCUAAAAGCUAAAAUUAAGGAACUGUGGAAUUGAUCCUUUUGGGAGGCUAAGAAUGGCUAUGCAAACAAUGUACUUCAAAGAACAUGAAGGACUUAUCCCCAAUACCAUUGGGCAGUUUUCCUCAAUACCAACUGGGCAUUGGUGGGGCACUGCCUUUGGAUCUCAGUCAGUUCAUGGAGACUCUUGUGCCCAACAACUUAAGCCUUUGUCCAUGGAACAACCCGGCGGCGGCGACCAAUUCAUGGCCGCCAAACAGGCUGUAAGAGGCACUGAUUUAGGACCAGACAAAGGGAACACAACUCAGUUCACCAUCUUUCAUGGUGAUUGUAAGUUCUCAGGAGAUGGCCAAAAAUCUCAGGCAACCAUUUCUCUGCAAACAUCUCCGCCAGAAUAUCAUGCUCGUUUCGAGCUGGGAUUCAGUCAGCCAAUGGUUUGUGCCAAAUAUCCAUACAUUGAUCAAUACUGCGGAGUCAUCUCUUAUGGACAGCAAAUUUCGGGUCGCAUUAUGCUGCCACUGAAUUUGACAGCAGAUGAGGGACCAAUCUAUGUCAAUGCUAAGCAGUACCAUGGAAUCAUCAGGCGCCGCCAGUCCCGUGCAAAGGCAGCAGUUCUGCUGAAUAAGAUACAAAGACCCCGCAAGUCAUAUAUGCACGAAUCCCGCCAUCUGCACGCGAUGCGCAGACCAAGAGGGUGUGGUGGCCGGUUCCUGAACACAAAGAAUCUGAACAACAACAACAAAGAGGGAAGUCCUGAGGCCAAGAAACUCGGCAGCGAGCAAUUGUUCUCUCAGCCCUCCUCCCGCUCUCCAAGCUCCGUUCUGGAGUCAGAAAGCGGAACUCUGAACUCAUCGAAGGAAGCCAACAACAGCAGUGGCCCAAACAUCCCAGGAUCAGAGGUGACAAGCAUGUACACAAGGGGAGAUCUUGAUCACUUCCAGAUGAGUCACCGUCAUCAUCAUCAUCUCGGAGUAGCAUCUCUCCACCCCCUCACGGGCAUGCUUGAGCUUGAUGUCAUGCCCACCAAAUGGAACAUUGCGGCGGCUGAUCAUCAUGGCUGCUGCAACAUCAAAGUUUGAGAGAGCAAGGGACAAAAUGGUGUUUGGUGCUAUGCCAAAAAUGCCAUGUGGUGGCAUUAUUGGCAAGGCACCCCCAUUCCUUGCUCAGGCAAACAAAUGGGAUAGGAAAAUCUAACUUUGCGGUAAUCUUAACAUGGAUUCUGCAAAGGGUGGUUUUCAUGGUGUGAGGAUUAGUUCCCCCCCGAAAACCGUUUGGUUUGCACUUCAAAAUGGCAACUCAUUCUUGGCUCAUUUGGCUGUCUUAGAACAGCCAGCAAAACCUGCUAGUUACUA